AUUUGGUGAACAGAAAAAUCUCUUACCACUGGUGAAGUCGAGUAUCCGCCGGCUUCUGAUUGACAACCCCAAGGACCAACCAUUCCGCCGCUCGCAACUUUUCUUGGAGGGGCUAAAAGCUUUAUCUGAGAACUGGGUAGAAGAGUUCCGAGUAAUGAGGGCAGGACUGAGCAAGUGUCGGUGGGAUGGGCCGGAGAACUUUAUACACAAAGGCGGUGACCCUCCACUGGGUUACGAGCAAUUCGUAAUAGUCUCUAGAUUGCGCAAAGGGUCCAGGGAUAUCGGCGCGCAGUUGUUCUGCGCAAUGCUCCGGUCAAUAGGAGUAAUUUGUCGGCUCGUCUGCUCCCUCCAAGCACUCCCAUUCACAUUCUCCAGCCACGAGCCUCCCAUGAAAAUUCUGGCGGAUGCUACUACAGGUCCGGGAAGGGGAAUUGGCUACAUUAGUAAAACUUGGCUUCGGAAUUGUAGGCAGAACGAUUACGGAACUAGACACGAUGAGCCUGGCUGGCCGGUGUAUUGGGUGGAGGCUUGGAGCGUUGGAGGGCAGAAGUGGAUAGCUGUAGACCCGUUUGCCACAAAAACUGUUGGGAAACCGAGCGUUAUCGAGCCACCAGUACAGGUUCCGGGGAAUUUGAUGAGUUAUGUUGUAGGAUUCGAAGACGACGGCGAUUGCACUGACGUGACAAGACGCUACGCACAAGCAUUAAUCACAAAAACUCGCAAAGUCCGAGUCACUGGAACUCCUGCUGGGGAAGCCUGGUGGGAUAAAGUUAUGGCCAUACUCGCGACAGGUGCACAUCCUGGUCGACAGCAACUAGAACAGAUCGAACUCACUAACAAGGCGGUUCACGAACCUAUCCCAAAAAGCCUCAAGGAUCUCAAGGGACAUCCAUUAUACGUCCUCGAACGCCACCUGAAACGUGACGAAUCCCUCAAGGUGCUCCGAAAGUGUAGCACACUAACAACUGGGUCUGGCGAUAAUAUAAAGACAGAACCUAUAUACCGCCGUGAGGAUGUGAUAAAGCUCCGCUCGCUUGAAAACUGGACACGUCUCGGCCGGACUGUGAGACCGGAGGAAGAAUCCAAACCCGUAAAGUAUGUGAAAGCUGUUCGUCUACCUAGUACCAAACUUCGCAAUGCGAGGAGCAGUAAUGCAGAACCAGAGAUGAACGGUCUGUAUGCGGAGUCUCAAACAGAGCUUUACGUUCCGGGGCCGUUGGUGAAUGGGAAGCUGGUCAAGAACAAGUUUGGGAAUAUCGACUUGUUUGUGGAGUCGAUGUUGCCGGAAGGGGCGGUGCAUUUGCCUCAGAGAAAUGUCGAUAAAGCCGCGAGACUUGUGGGCGUUGACUUCGCUCCGGCUAUUACAGACUUCGAGUACCGUUAUGGUCAUGCGUACCCUGUCGCUACUGGCAUUGUAGUCGCUAAGGAAUACAAAGAAGCUGUACAAGCGGUGCAUGAGGGGUUAGUUGAAGCCCAAGACGAAAAGGCGGCUAGAAAUCGUGAUAUAAAAGCACUCCGUAUGUGGCGACGCUUUAUUACGAAGAUACGCAUCUUAGAUCAUGUCAAUCGGAUACCAGAAGAGCAGGAAGGCACUCGCCAUCCGAUGACUAUGAUGGCGAAUAAUCAGAGCAAAGCUGUUGAAGCAGGAGUCGUAGAGGUUGUCGAAGCGGACGAAGAGGAAUUUGGUGGUUUUCGUGGUGGAUUCAACUCUAUGUCUGAGGAAUCGGAGUCUCCCAUCGCUAGAAAGCCGACUAAGAAACAUCAGAGUCUUAGACAGCUGUGCAAAAACCUCCGUGCUUUACCUUCAGCUUCUACUACUAAGACCACUGCUAAGAAAACAGCAAAGUCUAAGCCUAAGUCUACCACUUCUAAAGCUAAACCCGGCGCGAGGAAACCCCGUGGACGAAAAGCCAUUACCGAGUCAGACGAAGAGGAAACAGAAAAAAGUGAAGAUUCCGAUACAGAUUCCUCCGGGGCUCAACGCCGCAAUUAUAGAUCUCACAAAUUCAGUUUCAAAUAUCAUUUUGAUGCUGACUCCAGCGACGACGACACUGCUACUAGUGGUGGUGGAGGCGGUUUCCUACGGCGACAGGAAAGCAAAGUCGCAUCUCGUAGAAGUACUCGACUGGCUGCCGCCGCUAAGGGAGCUACACCCGUGAAGUAUACUCUCGACGAGGAUGACGACGAGGAUGAACUAGAGUUGGAGUUGGAGGAGCAGCAGCAGCAACAAGAGAAAAUGAUGCAGAAGAAGAGAGCAAGUGGUGGCUUUCUUAUUGAAUCUGACAGCUCCCUUAGCGAACUUAGCGAUGAACCAAGUGAUCUCCUAACUGAAGCUGAAUACGAAGCGUUGAUCGGGGGUGAAGCCAUCGAGUCUAAUCCUGGCCUCAAACACGAGGAUUGCGAUUCUGGUGGUUUCUUCGCGGAGGCGUCGGAGACACAGGGCGACGAUGAGGACAAAGGUGGCAAUGAUGUCGAAUUGAGAGGUACAGUGGACGUGCUCGAUACGCUUCACGAUAGUUGUAAUGUCCAGGGCUUGGAUAAAGCGGACUACGUUAUGCGUGGAGCUGGUCCAAUCGCUGAUGACGGGACUGUGGAUACCGCCAAAACUGUUAAGAAAACGGCAGACAUUGGCAGCGACAGCUAUAGUGACAAUAGUAUUGCUGUUGAGAAAUACCUUCUAGCCGGAAAUGAAGCGGGGGGAGCUGAGGUUGUUAUGGCUGCUGCUGCUGAUGCUUUGCUGGACACAAUGGCCGGAAUUGAGAAGGUGCAUCACAAGGAACGAAUCCCGAGUGGUGGUAAUUCGAGUUCAAUGCUACUGGUAUCUGAAGGUCCGGGGGUUGAGGAAAAUACAGAUUUAGAUCAGUGUAACUAUUAGUAUAUAGGUAUUUUCUUUUCUGUUCUUUCCUUCUCUUCAGAUUACUAUUUCAUGUCUUUCGGAUGUACAAGUUUCUUCUCGAGGUUUCUUCUUCAACUAGAUCUUGUCAAAUUUCUGG